AUGCCGGCCUCGUCGGUUCCGCACGGUGGCCGGUGCAUGCAUUUCCUCCACACGGCCACGGCCACGGCUCAGCUCGCGUACCUGCAUGCCAUCCAGCCAUCCACCAUCCAUCUCCCAAUUGCCAGCCUAGGCACGCACCACAUCAAAGCGCGCACACAUAAAUUCACCGGCAUGUCGCUGCCAAGACGCUCGUACGAUCCCAGGCGCGUCUGCCUCGUGCCGCUGCCUUCGCUUCCGGCCUUCAUGCAGACGAGCAAGCGCCAGGCGGGCAUCUACCUCUCCGGCGCGCUCUUCGCCCUCGGCUGGUGGUUCUUCCUUGACGCCUCAAUCAUCUCUUCCAUGCGUCUGCGCAAACCCAUCGACCCCACCGCGCCCUACGAUCCACCAGCCACCUACAUCACCUUUGCCGACUGGGUGCCCGGUCUGUGCGGCACGCUUGGCAUGAUUGUCGUCAACCUCAUCGACAAGCAACACCUCACCGAUGUCGGCGCCGCUUUUUCCUUCGGCGGCGGAGGCGGCGGCUCGUUUGCCACCGACAGCGUGCAGUGGAGAGCUCGCCUGUUCCUCUUCAUCGGCUUCGCUCUCAUGGCCGGCGGUCUGGCGGGUAGCAUCACCGUGCUGACGGUCAAGUAUCUCGUUCCGGCCUUGCCAGAGGGCUACGAGUACUACGGCGUAGCAAAUGUCGUUCAAAACGCAAGCAUCAUGUUUUCCACCGUCCUGCUCUGGCUCAGCCAGAACACAGAGAGCGAGUACGACUCGUCUCGCUUGCCUCUCGACACCAUGUCCGAGCCUGCACCUGUGCAUAUUCUCAUCGUCGGGGCUGGUGCCGUCGGCUGCUUCUACGCAUCCAAGCUGCACGGCAUCCAUUCGGGCCGCGAUGUGCGCGUCUCGCUCGUCUGCCGCUCCAACUACAAGCAAAUCGCCGAGAACGGCGUGCAGCUAGAGACGCAUUCGUUUGGCAACUAUCAUUUCACGCCCUACCGCGUCUUUUCCUCGAUCAAGCAAGCCGGCGACUACACCGAGGGCGGCGCGUUCAAGUGGGACUAUGUAGUAGUGACCACCAAAGCGCUGCCGGACAUUACCAACGAUGCGCUCGACAUUGCGCCGCUCGUCACACGCGGUGUGCACGGCAGCUGCAUCGUGCUCAUCCAGAACGGCGUAGGCAUCGAGGAGGUACAUAGGGCCGAGUUCGGUCAAAAUCCCAUCGUGAGUGCCGUGACGGUGAUCAGUGCCGAGCAGAUUCGUCAUGGCGUCAUCCGCCAAAACCGAUGGACCCGCAUCACCAUGGGCACAUACACAAACGGACAGGCCAAACCCAACUCGCUCCUCUCCGACUCAACGCUGCUGGACCAACUGUCAUCUGUGACGGAUAAGCAUAUCCAUCAACUCGUUUCGUGGUUUACGGCGACUGGGAUUCGAGAUGCCGAGUUUGCAUCGGAGCUUUCGUUGCAGCAGACUCGGUGGCACAAGCUGUGCAUCAAUGCAUCCAUGAAUCCGUCGUCGGUGCUGUCGGGCGGUACGCCCAACGCACGUAUGGCGCUCGACCCGGAACUGCGCACCCACCUGCACGCGUGCAUGAACGAGAUCUUCACCACCGCACCCAAGAUCCUCGGUAUCGAGUUUGACGCCAAGAAACACGCCAGCCCGGAUCGAAUCCUCAAGAGCACCGAGCGCAAUACGGGCGGGAAACCGAGCAUGCUUCUCGACUGGCAGGCGGCAAGACCCAUGGAACUCGAGGUGAUUCUGGGCAAUCCCAUCCGCAUCGCACGCCGCAACGGUCUCGACAUGCCGCGUCUCCAAACGCUUUAUGCGCUCCUCAAGAUGGCCCAGACUCGCAAAGCCGAGGACGCCAAUCCACCUGCCAAGCUGUAA